CAAACCAACUUUCCAAGCUUGAACCUCAUUCUCUCCCCCAACAACAACUCUCAACUUCUGGCCUGCAAAACUUCAACCCGUUCCCCAUUUUUAUUUGAUAGGGUAUUAUGAUUUCAGCUGCAUUGUUAAACAGAAGGAAAGAAGCAGAAUGAGGUUCAAAUUUAAGACAUUUGAAAGACUAAGCUCAGAUGGAUGUACUGGACCCGAAGCUGAAUACGAGCCUCCAUCAUCACCACCGAACCUCCACGAGGAGUAUGCCAACGCCUUCCGCACAAAGUCCUACAGCCUUUUCUGUGCCCGGGUCAACGCCGUCAAGUCCAACGAUACCACCAAAACAGCUUUGACACCAUCGACUUCCGCCGGAAACCGCCUACCCUCUUACCGUCUGUUUGCUGAACAGCUGUUAGAGCCUGCCCAGAAAACCGCUUUUGAGAUACUUUCUCUCUCCAAAAACCGCCCUAAAACCCACUGUUUGCUCGGCGAUUACUUCUCCAAAACCGCUGUUGCCUCUUUUCAGUGCUCACUUCUACUCAAAGAGAUCGAGCAAACCCGCCUCCAAUACGGUACUCUCAAAUCCGCUAUCCAAACCCUAAUACGAGACCCGGUUUUGAAGCCAACGGUAAACAGCCCAAAACCAACGGUAAACCUCAAAGAACCCAAGAAGUAUCACAUGAAUCCAGCGGAAAACUGCCAACAACUGGGCACCUGCCCAAGACAAACGAAAAACCUCCAAGAACUAACGGAAAACCACCUCUUGGCGAUGAGGGAUCUGUUAGCAUUUUCAGAAGAGCAGACUCCAUUAACGCUGGUUCGGCUCGAGUUGGUUCGAGCCAUGUGCGCCGAUCUAACGUCUCGGCUCGAGAUCCGUCGUACCUCGGCUCGGCGCUGGCUCAGACUCUGCUCAUGGCUUGGGUCGUCCUGGACACCUCGUCGUCUGGUAUGGGAUUGGGCUCGGAUCGAUGCCGCAGCCAAAGGGGCUUACAUUGUGAGCCGAGAGUUGGACACCAUUAGCCGGCUCGUAGCUAAAGUUAGAGAUGAGGUGGAUCACCUUAGGGUUUUGGCUCGGUUUGUCUCGGUUCGGCUCGGUAAGCGGCUGAUUGAGGCGGUGAGAGAGGUGGCUCGCCAGGUUACGAGGAGUGAGCGGAGCUUUAGUGAGCAGCUUGAUGAGCUGGAAGAGCAUUUGUAUCUAUCUUUUUUUACGAUUAACAGGGCAAGGAAGCUUCUCGCUAAGAAGAUAGAUAAAAAAUGUCGUACGGACUACUGAACAUUUUUCGGAAAAAUAUAUUACGAGAACAUUUAUAUUUGGUACAAGGAGGUUAUAGUCAAUGUCAAGAUUUGCGUCAGAAUCUUCUUCGGCUUAGUGAGAAAAUUAAAGCAAAAGCAGCAGCACCACGUUUCUCUUCGUUUCGAUUUAUGCUUAAAAUCUGAGGCCGAAGCGAAUUUGAUGACAUUGGUCACAAUUAGUCAUAGCUGUCAUAUGUGACAUUAAGUAACUCAGUGACUAGAUUUAAAGUUCUAACGAAAGUUUUUUGAAGUUUAGGACACACUCCAAGCCGUUGGAUUUUACAUCCGAUGGCUAUUAGUGAUUGUGAACUCUUAUGUUCUAAAAGUAAAUAGUUUUAUAGUAUAUAAUUAAUUUUUCUUUUACUUUUCUUUUUUUCAGGGCUAUUUGCGAAAUAGUGCAAAGCUCAUAUUUAGGGAAUUCAUUUAUUUGUAAUCUGUAAAAAUAAGGCAACGCUGAUCUUUAGGGAAUUCC